CAGGCCAGUCGCAGUGGAUGCCCAGCGCAUCUGCCCACGGGCUCCUUGCAUAAUCGACAACACCAGAAGUCGGUUCCAGUUUCUUUUGUCCACACGAUCCUAGGAGCCCCCGGCAGCCGCCCGGCAUCCACCACGCUCAGACAGCUUAGCGGCCCGCCGCACCACCUGCACCAACUGAUUCCGGGCUCGUUCUUCUGAACUGCUGUGGAUCGCUUCUGCGCGCCCUCGAGCGACCGUGCCUGUGUUCCAAAUCUCCCACUGCUGGAGCGCCGCCAGCACUGCUUCUUCCCUCUGCACCUGCCUGCCUGCCCUCAUAGUUGACUGCACCUGCCCGCCAUGCGUCUGUUCAACCGCAAGAGCUCCAAGCCCACCAUCUCGCCGGGCGGCAGCCAGCCGAACUCGUCCAAUGGCUCUCUGCGCUCCCCUGGCCCCUCCACCACCAACGGCUCGCGGCCCACCAGCUUCCCAGACGUCCCUCUACCACGCGCCCCGGACCCAACCCUUGACCCGGCCGGCUACCUGAGGAGCAUCUAUGCCGUGCGCGACCGCUCGCGCCUCGUGCUGGAGAAGGCGAAGAAGAACCAGCUCAAGCACUUUACCGUCGACAUGAGCAAGUUCAGCGACGUCGCCAGCUUUGUUGUGUCAAUCGUCAAGAGAGACUACGCCCCCGACUACGCCUCAAUUCCUCCCCACGGCCGCUGGCAGCACUUCGAGGUCGGCGGCCGGCCGCGAAUUGACCAGCUAAUGGCGUCGUGGCCGUCUACUGUCGACAACUCUGAGCGCACACGCCGUCUGCUCGACCUCUUCCUUGUGUCUGUUCUCCUCGACGCCGGCGCUGGAACGAAAUGGCAGUACAAGAGCAAGGAGUCAGGCAAGAUCUACAGACGCAGUGAAGGUCUUGCCGUGGCCAGCCUCGAGAUGUUCAAGGCUGGCGCUUUCAGCAGCAAUCCCAAGGAGCCCUGUCAGGUCGACAGUGCUGGCUUGAGAAAGCUGGACCUUACCGUCAUGGCGCGCGGUCUCCAAGUCAACGAGUCGAAUCCUAUCGAUGGCCUUGAGGGACGAACAAACCUACUUAUUCGACUCUCUGAGGCACUGCAGAACCAAGAAGUCUUCGGCCUCGAAGCACGACCUGGAAACAUGCUUGACUACCUCCUCUCGCACCCUACCACCCAGGCCUCAUCAGUUCCCAUUGUGCCACUCCCCACCCUCUGGAACACACUGAUGGAUAGUUUGACACCCAUCUGGCCAGCAACACGAACCCAGAUCGAUGGCAUCCCUAUGGGCGACGCAUGGCCUUGCUCCGUAAUGCCUUCUCACCCUACGCACCCCUGGGAGAACAUUGUGCCUUUCCACAAGCUCACACAAUGGCUCACCUACUCAUUGAUGGUCCCAAUGACCAAGCUGAUGAACGUUCACUUUGCCGGCGCCGAACUCCUGACUGGACUACCCGAAUACCGCAACGGUGGUCUUUUCAUCGACACUGGACUGCUGACGCUGAAGCCUGAUGACCAUAAGCGCGGUGUUACGCAGUAUCAGCGGAACGCCCAAGUCAAAGGACAGCCCAGCAUGGAAGUUGUACCCAUGUUUACUGCAGAUGACGACGUAAUAGUCGAAUGGCGCGCGGUCACGGUUGGCCUUCUGGACGAACUUCUUGUCGAAGUGAACAGUUCACUGGGACUGAGUGGGCGUGAAAAGCUGAGUUUGGCUCAGAUGUUGGAAGCCGGCAGCUGGAAGGGGGGUCGAGAAAUCGCAGAAGUGUCGCGGCCAAACACGAAGGAGCCGCCUAUUAUGAUUCUGUCCGAUGGAACUGUUUUCUGAGAUACCCUGAGAUUCCUCUCCCACUUUGUUUCGCUUCUUUUGGUUUGAUGGCGUGCAAUAAAAACACGUCGUAUAUCUGGACCAUUUAUACUACCAUUGGCGGUAGCUCGACUGCAGUCAUUUGGAAACUUAUGAUGUACGAUCUCGACGAUCGGCACCUGGUGGCUUUUCUAGUUUCAAGGCUUGAGCGACGCGUCAGUCUUCAUUGGCAUGCUUGCUAGCCGUUUGCUGCGAUCUCCUAUGUUCUUCACUUCUACACGGGAUAUGUCUAGAACGUUAGACAUCUAGGGCACGGAAAACGGAUCUGUAAAAUAGUGAGGACCUUGGUCCAGGAAUACUAAGCGCUUCAAGAACGCAGCAUUCUGCGAAA